GAACCAGAACGCAAAAUGGCUUCAACACAGCAGGUUGAGAGUUUAACAGAAGAACUAGUUUGUCCCAUCUGCCUGAAUAUCUUCACCGAUCCGGUUUCCCCGAAGUGUGGACACAACUUCUGCCGCUCCUGUAUCACACAGUGUUGGGAAGGAGAAGGGAAAAACACCUGCCCGAAAUGUAGCGAGGAGUUUCCUGACCGCACCCUCAUUGUGAAUUGGGCCUUGUCAAACCUGUCUGAGAAAGCUCAAACAUUAAAUCUGAAUCAGAAAGUGAAGGAAAGUAAACUUCACUGCGAGAAACAUCAGGAAGAACUGAAGCUGUUUUGUGAAACUGACAAGAAACUGAUCUGUGUGAUUUGUCGAGACGCGCGGGAACACAGAGAUCACCGCUUCAUACCGAUAGAAGAAGCUGUUGAAAACUACAAGGCACAGAUGAAAUCUUCCAUGGAAUCCCUCACGAAAAAAAAAUCCGAGAUACAGGAAAUGGAACAAUUGCAGAAAACAAAGAUUUCUGGAGUUAGGGAACAGUCCCGCAGACUGCAGUCCUACAUCACAUCACACUUCAAUAAAAAGCGACAGAUUCUCGCUGAGGAAGAGCAGCGUUUACUCAAAGAUCUCAGGGAAGCCGAGGCGAAGAGUCUAGAUAUAAUGGAGAAAAAUCUUCAAGCAAUUCAAGAGAAAUUAAAUUCCAUCCAGGAUAAACUCACAAAGAUACAGGAACAGAUGGAUCAAAAACACAGUGUGAUAUUUUUAAUGGAGGAAAUUAGUCGGAAGAGGAGGGUUAGUGAUGAGGAACUCACGUUAUCAGUAGCAGAUGGGGCACCGGAAGUUGCAAAAUUCGAUCACCCCUUUAUAUUGAACAGAGUGUUCAGCAACAUGUCGUGUGGUAUUCCGCAAGUCUCUGUCACCCUGGAUGUGGAAACAGCGCAUGCGUGGCUCGAGGUGUCUGAGGAUCGGAAGAGGGUGAGAUGGACCCGGACCGAGAGGAGUCUCCCUGACACCGGGAAGAGAUUUACAGGCUGGCUGUGUGUGCUGGGAUCAGAGGGAUUCACAUCGGGGAGACAUUACUGGGAGGUGGAGGUGGCGGGGAGUGAGUGGUGGAGUCUGGGAGUCGCCGCAGAGUCUGUGGACAGGAAGAGAUGGGUCGACCUGACCCCGGAGACUGGAGUCUGGUGCAUCGAGCGGUGGGGUGACGGGUUUCAGGCAUUCACCUCCCCUCCAUCCCCUCUCCCCGCGCGUCCCAUCCCCGGGAGGGUGGGAGUUUAUCUCAGUUACGAGUCCGGGACAGUUUCCUUUUACGACGCGGACAUCAAGUCCCAUCUCCACACCUUCACUGGGAAUAAAUUCACGGAGAAACUUUAUCCUUUCUUAGGGCCUGGGGAUGAAGACAAGUGGCUGAGAAUCUGCUCCGGUUCCGCUCCGGGUGUGUAAAAGGGUCGGUUCCCAGGACCGGCGUCAGGAGCGGGGCUCAGGGGCUGUGGGGCAGAAACCCGGUGGACAACAGGUCGGCGCUGAACGAACGGCUCCCAUUUAAUCCCCACAUUCCGCGUCGUGAAACAAACCCCAGUGAGCGCGGAAAUAAAACUAGAGGGAAUGUAAAUGUGGGAAGAGUGAAAUAAACAUCAACUGAAAUCAGAUCUGU